GUGUUUCAGGCGGACACGUUUCUGGCAGCUGUAAAAAAUUCGAGCUCCCGUUUGUUUCUCGCGUGGUUCGUGGAAACUGCCAUGUUCUCGAUUUUCAUUGACAAUCGAGUUUUGUCUGCAGAGAGACACGACAACGAUUUGUUUGAUUAUCGAGCAUUGGAGCACCAAAGUGACGGCAGCGGAAAAAACAUCUUCAAAACCAUGAAGCAUUUUGGAAAAACAGUGAAAACACUGAGUGAUAAAUGGAAGGAUUGGAAAGCAACGACAGCAUCAACUGCAACUUCGACUUGAACAGCUCUUUUUUUUUUUUGAGGAUUCCACGAUCCAAAGGCGGCAAAGAUUUUCUACUCGCUAAGCUUUUCCAACGUGGAUCAUGGAUUUUAUUUUCGAGAUCCUAAUACUCGGGGCAAUGCUUGUGUUUUUAUGUGAUAAGCUGAAUUUUUCGUUUCGAGAAGCGUUCGAAAACGUCGCGAAAAUACGUAUCAGGCAGUUUUUUGAAUCCAUGAUUUGAGCAUGAUAUAGACUUAACCAUCGCGAAGAAAGUCGAAGUCAACAUUUACGCGUGCGUUUGAUAAUUUUAAAGAAAAAAAAAGCCUGAGAGGAUUUAAGAAGAUUUUUGUUGAAAGCGAAACGACGAAAGCAAUUUGUGAGCUGCAAAAAGUCUCUCAUCAGCGAAGGCAAAAGUACCUUUUUUUUUGCGCGAAAUCUGGAGGAGAAAAUAUCAGUCUUCACGCAUUGUCGCACGAGUGAUUUUUCCAGCGAGCUCGGUAAUUAUUGAAUGUGUUUUAUUUUCUCGCCGUUUUCAUUGAAGAAAACAAAAUUAGUGGCAAUGAAGAUUUGAGGGAAAAUGCUUACGAA